UCCCAUAAAUAUAUUUCCCAUGUGUUGUCAUUUUUACGUGGCACGUGUGUGUUAGCAGCGAGGAUAGCGACGAUGAUGGACCUACCUUCGCCUCUUUGGACAAUGUUUUUGCUGUUGAUCCUGGUGCCUACUCAUGAUGGUGCCAAGAACACAAAAGGAGGUCUCAUCACAGAAGUCGAUGAUCCGAAAGAAUUUAAAAAACUUCUCCGCACCAAAACAAACCUCUUAGUUAUAUUUGCAAAAUCAGAAAAAGCAGUAUCCAACUCGAUGCCAUUGUUCAAUGAUGUUGCUACGGAGAUGAAGGGGAAGGCUACUCUGGCAUUUGUAGACUGCAGUGAAAGCAAGAAGCUAUGUAAGAACCAGAAGGCCUCCCCUAAACCUAUGGAACUAAAGCACUUUAAAGAUGGGAGUUUCAACAAAGAAUAUGACAGAAAAAUGGCGAAGAAAUCAAUGGUAAACUUCCUGUUGGACCCUACUGGAGACAUUCCGUGGGAAGAGGAACCUGAUGCGGGAGAUGUUUUACACCCUGACACCCCUCAGAGUUUUAACAAGCUACUGAAGAAAGAAAAGGGUCCAAUGUUGGUGAUGUUUUAUGCUCCGUGGUGUGGACAUUGUAAAAAGGCUAAGCCAGAAUUCAUGCAGGCAGCUGCCAAACUUAAAGAUGAUUCCAAGGUUCUGUUGGCUGCUAUUGACUGUACCGUGCACUCCUCGUCCUGUACAGCUCAUGAAGUGACUGGUUACCCAACAUUUAAAUACUUUAAGUAUGGCAAGUCUCCCCAGAACUACAUGGGAGGCAGAGAGGAGGCUGACUUUGUGAACUUUAUGAGUGACCCACAGAAUCCGGGGGCCUCACCCCCAGCUCCUGCUGUAGAGACACCUGCUCAACAGUGGGCAGAGGUAGUCGGUAUGGAAAAUUUACGAUUCCUUACCACGGACAGCUUUGAUGGCUUCAUGAAGGAACACAGCUCCGUCCUUGUUAUGUUUUAUGCUCCAUGGUGUGGACAUUGUAAGGCAAUGAAACCAGCCUAUGGAGAAGCAGCGGCUAUUCUCAAUGGCCAGGAGAUUGAUGGAGUUUUAGCUGCAGUUGAUGCCACUUUAGAGCCAAAUCUGGCCUCCAAGUUUGGGGUAAAGGGAUACCCUGCAUUGAAAUAUUUCAAAGAUGGAAAGGAAGCAUUUGACUACAAAAUGGGAAGAACGACAGACAAUCUUGUUAGCUUUAUGAAAAAUCCGAGUUCUAAGGAGCCAGAACCUCCAGCUGAAGAAGAGUCCUGGAGCAGCGUUCCCAGUGGAGUGAAACACCUCACUGAUGACAACUUCUCAUCAGCUAUGGCCAAACUGGACACAGCUCUAGUAAUGUUUUAUGCUCCGUGGUGUGGCCACUGUAAAAAAGCCAAGCCAGCAUACCAGGCGGCAGCUGACCAGUUAGAGAAAGUAGACAAGUCUCGUGGUUUAUGUGCAGUUGACUGCACUGUAGCCCAUGAUACCUGCGAGAAAGAAAAAGUAGAGGGCUUUCCUACGUUUAAGUUGUAUGUAAAGGGUGAAUACCUCAUAGAGUAUAACGGUGGGCGAGCUGAAGAAGAAUUCCUCAAAUAUAUUCUCAAUGCACCAUCUGCUAAUAGUAAAGAUGAAUUAUAACAUAUAUGAAAUCCAAUUUAAAAAUAUAUUUAUAUGCAAAGAUAUAUAAUAAAGUUUUAUAAUGUG